AUGUGUCAUGAAAUCAUUGCAAGCGUCAGUGUCAUAUGCAUCCUUCAGGGUGCAGCUCCUGAAUCAUUCAAAACGUCCAAACUCAAAAUAUUCCAACCUCGGACUUUGCCCCGUGCUACCUCGGGUCUACCAGUCUGGGCGAAACGCCUCCCGGUUUUUGAUUCUGUUCUUAGCGAUCGUUACGGUAGUUUAGCUUCCGCAAUUUCCACGUGUUGUUUUGUGGUUGCGGUGCCGCGGGGAGAGUACCGAAAGGUAGAGUCUAGGAAACGGGCGAAUGGGAGGAGGAGGCGUGUAAUGACGGAAAUUCCUAAGGAAAAGGGAAGGUCACCGAGACUGGCACCGACACCGAUACCGACGCUGUCACUACCUAUCAAAGCAACGUGGAGUCUGAGAGUCAAGUCUGCCACGCGAUUGACAGCUUUGACGUUUCAUUCAUCAUUGAUAAUGCAUCAUCCACGGAAUGACCGUCAGGUCAGGAUGAUAACAGGUUUUAUUGAUGUUAUUGUCUCUGACUCUCUCGCUGCAUACGCUGAGACAUCCAUUGUUUGUUUCCGGCCACAGCAAGGCAACAAUGAUCCUGACGCAGCUGAUUGGAGAUUCCUGAAUUUGAUGCAACCUCGAAGAAAGCAAUUAUUGAACAACACAGUCAGUCAUUUCACUGCCAAGGAACCUGCGAGACGAAGCAUGUCACCGAGGUAUGAAGUAUACGUAUGCCACAAUGUGGGAGCGCCGCCUACGCCACGACUCAGCGCAACUGGCUACCUCUUCCGUCCAAAGCCUGGACAGAUCCCUUCUGGUUUACCCCAGGAUCGCGAUUCCAAACCCGCGUCGUGGGAAAUAUCCAGAAAGAGAUCAAUAUGA